CUCAAGCUCUUAUGUUUCUUUCAUUUCAGUUUUUGAGAUCAAAAGCUGAAACUCUUAAUGAUUGCAUCUUGCCCAGAAUGUUCUUUAUUUUAUAUUUUUUUAAAUUGUCAUGAUUUAUUUGCAUUUGGGUAUAUUCAGGAUUUGCAGCCACUAGUCUGUGUUGGGAAUUUUUUUUGCUAUGAUUCCUUUUUUAUGAUAAUAUCAUUUUUUUUUUAUUUGAUGCUAACAACUCGAGUUUGGAUUGUAUUCAUAAACGGAUUUCAUGACCCUCUUAGUUUCUUGCAUUGUUAUAAAGCUUUUACACUUGUCAAUUUUUUUUCUUCCCAUAUGCCAGAGGAACUAGCUUACUUCCUUGAGUUAAUGGGAAAUUUUCCCAUCCUUGUUCAACUUUUCUCAUGUUAUCAGUUAGCACUUAUCCAUCUCAGAAUCCAUAUAUUUACUAGUAUUAUUUUCAAUUUGUAUGCUGAUCCAAAAUUUUGCAGAAUACCAGUGGCUUGAAGUAUACCAGUUGAUAACUCUGUUUUUAGUGUUGAGUGUUGAAGGUGAAAUUGCUACGAAGAUGGAUAAAGAAGAUGAUGUAAACCAUGGUGAUAAUGUGCAAGAUAUAGAAAACGAAGCUCCAUUGGAUGGGAAUCAGGAAAUUGGAAGGUACUGGUCAGAGUUUUCUGAGAGAAACAUGACAUAUUCACAGCCACUUCUUGUGAAGAGGACUAACACCACCUCCCAGAUUGCUAUAGUUGGUGCCAACCUCAGCCCUAUUGAAAGCCUUGACUAUGAGAUUUUUGAAAAUGAAAUAUUUAAGCAGGAUUGGAGGUCCCGGAAGAAGGUUCAGAUAUUCCAGUAUGUGAUACUCAAGUGGGCAUUUGCUCUUCUCAUUGGAUUAGGUACUGGACUGGUUGGCGUCUUUAAUACACUAGCAGUUGAGAACAUAGCUGGUUUCAAGCUGCUUCUGACAACCAGUCUCAUGUCUAAGCAAAGAUAUCUUGAGGCUUUUUUAGCAUAUGCUGGUCUCAACAUGUUUUUAGCAGCAGCAGCUGGAGCACUCUGUGCUUUCAUUGCUCCAGCAGCAGCAGGUUCUGGCAUUCCAGAGGUUAAAGCAUAUCUCAACGGCAUUGAUGGUCACUCUAUACUCGCUCCAAGCACCCUUUUUGUGAAGAUUUUUGGUUCCAUCUUUGGAGUUUCUGCUGGAUUUGUGGUGGGCAAAGAAGGACCUAUGGUGCAUACAGGUGCAUGCAUAGCUUCUUUACUGGGGCAGGGUGGAUCUCGCAAGUAUGGCUUGACUUGCAAAUGGCUUAAGUAUUUCAAAAAUGACCGAGACCGGCGAGACAUGAUUACUUGUGGUGCUGCUGCUGGAGUUGCCGCUGCUUUUCGUGCUCCAGUUGGUGGUGUUCUCUUUGCCCUUGAAGAGGCCGCUUCAUGGUGGCGGAGUGCUCUUCUCUGGAGGACAUUUUUCACGACCGCAGUGGUUGCUAUUGUUUUAAGAGCUGCAAUUCAGCUUUGUGCCACAGGGAAAUGUGGACUAUUUGGGGAAGGUGGUCUUAUAAUGUAUGAUGUGAGCUCAGCCAAGGUAACAUAUAGUGUUGCUGAUGUAUUAGCAGCUCUAAUCUUGGGAGCAAUUGCUGGCGUUCUUGGAAGCAUAUAUAAUCACCUUGUGGAUAAGGUUGUUCGUACAUAUAGCUUCAUCAAUGAAAAAGGUCCAGCUUUCAAAAUGUCUCUUGUUAUCGCAAUUGCUCUUUUGACCUCAUGUUGUUUUUAUUUCCUACCAUGGGUUGCAAACUGUAUCCCUUGCCCUGGUGAUCAGACAGUGAAAUGUCCCUCUGCUGAUGAGUCUGGAGAUUAUAAAAUCUUUCAAUGUCCACCAGGCCACUAUAAUGAUCUUGCUUCUCUCUUUCUAAACACCAAUGAUGAUGCUAUUCGGAAUCUAUUCAGCUCCAGGAUAACCAAAGAGUUUCAUAUUUCAAGUUUGUUUAUCUACUUUGUUACUAUUUACUUUCUUGGGAUAAUCACUUAUGGUAUUGCUAUUCCAUCUGGGCUUUUCAUUCCUGUGAUACUUGCUGGGGCUGCCUAUGGCCGUCUUAUCGGGAGGCUCUUCGAACCGAUUGCCAAACUUGACACAGGACUCUUUGCCCUCCUUGGAGCUGCCUCGUUCCUUGGUGGCACCAUGAGAAUGACAGUCUCCCUUUGUGUUAUAUUGCUUGAGCUCACCAAUGAUCUCUUGUUACUUCCACUUGUGAUGUUGGUCUUAUUAGUCUCAAAAACAGUGGGUGAUAGCUUCAACAAGGGUGUCUAUGAUCAAAUACUGAAGAUCAAAGGACUUCCUUAUUUGGAGGCUCAUGCAGAACCUUACAUGAGGAACCUAGUUGCACGUGAUGUUGUCUCUGGUCCAUUAGUAACCUUUUCUGGCAUUGAAAGGGUGGCGAAUAUAUUACAUGCUUUGGAUACUACAGGACAUAAUGGCUUUCCUGUCAUUGAUGAACCACCUUUCUCAGAUGCACCAGAGUUGUGUGGACUAGUACUGAGGUCUCAUUUGCUAGUGUUGCUCAAGGGGAAGAACUUUUCAAGAGAUAGGGUCUUCGCGGCUCAGAGCAUCUACCAAAGAUUAUCUGCAUUAGAUUUUGCAAAGGCAGGAUUAGGGAAGGGAAUCAAACUAGAGGAUCUAGAUAUCGAAGAGGAAGAGAUGGAUAUGUAUGUUGAUCUCCAUCCCAUAACUAAUGCAUCCCCAUACACUGUGGUUGAGACAAUGUCACUUGCCAAAGCUGCUAUUCUUUUCCGCCAACUUGGACUCAGGCACAUGUGUGUUGUUCCAAAGAGCCAAGAGAGACCUCCAAUUGUUGGGAUUCUGACACGCCAUGAUUUUAUGCCUGAGCAUGUUUUGGGACUAUACCCUGAUAUCAAGCCUCACAAAGGACACUGAGGGAUCCCAGUGAAAAAUAAUUCUUUCUUCUGCAUUGAAGUGUUGCAUUCAUUAGCUGCAGGUGAUCAAAGUUUUAUGUACAGUUGAGUGCAAUAAUUAUUCACAAAACCCUCGAAGCAAAAAUUGAGCUUAAGAUGCAGCUGCUGCUGCAUAGUUUUGGCGCCUUAUUUAGGAACUGUGUCGAUAUAUGGAUUGUUAAUCUCUAUUUCAUGAGGUCAAGUUGAUACCUUCAAAUAGACACUUUUGAAACACAGAAACCAGUCAACACUAAUUAGUGUUGGAGUACACGGUUAAUAAAGACCUAUUGUUCAUGUUGUUUGUUUGAUUUUUUUGAAUGAAGUUUUCAAACUUAUUGUUCAGUGCUCUUCUUUGUACAAUAUUGUUAAUGGUUAAUGAGGCAAAUGUAGUGUGUUGUGAAUACAA